ACCCGCUUAUGCCGGAGCUGUCAAUCAAGAGGCGCACGAGCUACUGCAGGUGCAAAGCUGGGCAUCGACGCUGCUGCUGAGAAGCUGAGGAGAAAACACACAUUUCAUGAUGGCGUCUGCAAAUGCAACAUACGGACAGAAGGAGUCUUCAGACCAGAACUUUGAUUACAUGUUUAAAAUCCUCAUCAUUGGGAACAGCAGCGUAGGAAAGACAUCCUUCCUUUUCCGCUAUGCAGACGACUCCUUCACGCCAGCCUUUGUCAGCACAGUAGGCAUCGACUUUAAGGUCAAGACCAUCUACAGGAACGACAAGAGGAUAAAGCUGCAGAUAUGGGACACUGCUGGCCAGGAGCGUUACAGGACCAUCACCACAGCUUACUACAGGGGGGCCAUGGGUUUCAUCCUCAUGUAUGACAUCACAAACGAGGACUCCUUCAACGCUGUUCAAGACUGGUCUACUCAGAUCAAGACAUACUCAUGGGACAAUGCCCAGGUCCUCCUGGUGGGGAACAAGUGUGAUAUGGAGGAUGAACGAGUGGUGGCUGCAGAGAGAGGCCGGCAACUCUCAGAUCAACUCGGCUUCGAGUACUUUGAGACGAGCGCUAAGGAUAACAUUAAUGUGAAGCAGACCUUCGAGCGGCUGGUGGACAUAAUCUGCGAGAGGAUGACUGAGAGUCUGGACAACAACGACCCGACCGUCACCGGAGCCAAGCAGGGGCCACAGCUCACCGAGCAGCCUCAGAGGUCCAGUCAGGAUUGCGCUUGCUAAACAUGACCACACACACACUCAUGCACACUCAUGCACACACUGUUUGCCAGAAAACCACACACAAGUUUACAUUUUCUUCUGUCUGGUACUCACCUUUCCUUUCUCAUUUACAAUUACAAUCAAAUAUAUCAAUAUAUCACAACCCAAGCACUGCCAUACAGUGACACACAGCCUGGCUGCUUAGAUUCUCCAUCAUCUCACUGAACCAACAGAUCUACACCCCAAAGAUUUUGUGUUUUCAAAGAUGUAUUUUUGGGGGGCUUUUUAUGCCUUUUAUUAGAGAGACCGGACAGUGGAGUCAGAAAUCAGGGAGAGAGAGCAAGUGGGGAAUGACAUGUGGUUAAGGAGCCACAGUUCGGAUUUGAACCCGGGCUGCCUUCUUUGAGGACUGCAGCCUCUGUAUGGGAUUUGGUGUUUUCAGAGAUAUUACUGAAGUUUUCUUGAUUGCAGUAAUAUGGUCAGAGAGGUAAUGAAUUUAACCGAGGAACUAUCCCAAGUUAUCUUUUUUGGUAAACCAACACUAUACUGUAUCGUAAUCGUAAUAAAGACCAGUUAACACUUAGAGUCAAUCAUUUAUCAUUGACAUGUCUGCAGGUUUUAUUAUUAAUUGCUGUAAAAGAGGGAUAUUGAAUUCAUUCUCCUUUCCUAACCUCCCUUUUUACAAUGAAAUGCUCCAAACCCUUAAUAGAUACAAAUCACUUCCAUUUGUUUUCAAAGGUCCCAUUCUAAAUAUACUACAUGUUUGUUGCUGUGCAUAGAGGUGCUGUUUUGUUUUUUUUACGUUUUUGAAAUGGUUGCGUGUUAUUUUGAGGAUGUUGAAUCACCGGUCAUUACUGAGGGGUGUGUUUGACCUUCAGAUAUUUGCGAUCCAAGCUUGAUGUCACAGGGGUCAUUUCAGUUUUGUAAUCCUUUUAAUAUAAAUAAAAGAAAAUCAUGCAUAUCAGUUUGAUAGUCAAAUUGGCCCUUUACCAGAUCUGAAUAAUUUUUUACUUCAUUUAGUGUAUUCGAGAGGCAAAUUCUGUCACUUAGUUGGUCAAGUGUAAAGAGCUGCAUAGCAUAUGUAAGUUGCUCAAUUUUAAAUUCCAACUUUAGUUUUUUUUAUGUGUUUUGUUAACUUUUUUAAAGACAAAAUAAAAAGAAAAGGAGUGUAUAAAUGUCUAAAGAUAGAUAUGCAUUUUAAGGUGCAUAUAUAAUAUAUACAUAUACAAUAAUAAAGAUUUAAAUUGUAGGGAUUCCUGCCUGUGCUUUGGUGGGAAAUGCAUGUUGAUGUUUUUAAAUGAUUCUGGUUGACUGGAUGGUUAUUUGUGUGAGCUGUUGUCUGGAUUGAAAACCCAUUGGUCUGGCAGUUUCACCUCUCAGAGGUUUACCCGAUGGAGCUGAAGGUUUCACAAAUGAAGCCCGUCGCCCCUUCUCAUUGAAUUAACUCUCAUUCACUGUUUACAAUGUCAAACAUGCACUCGCAAGAUAGGCAUGUGUAGGCACAUGUAUACACAGACCCACACUCUACAGAUAGCCUCUUAUGUCAUGGUAGAAAAUAUUUGCAUAUUUACAUCUUUUGGGGGACAUAAUUUUUGUAAGCAUGUUAAAUGUCAAAUUGUGACUUUAUUUCUAUCUGAUGCUAAAGAUUUGUCUGCUUGUGUGUACAGUACCAAACCUCCUGUCUUGCAUUCACAGAUCAGCUGAUGCAUGCAACAAUACUUUCACCUCCUAAGUUAUUCAAAAAUAGAAUUGUAUUUAUUUUGUAUUACUUAUAACUUUAUUUAUUUUUGAGAAAAUGUUCUUCCUAGAUGAUGCAUUACAAUCAGUACUCUGCUUUUUGAAGAGCUGUUCUAUAGUGUUCAAUUGCUUAAACCGUCUCAGCUUUUAAAAUACAAAUGUGUUUGUGUUUACAGUAAAUAUAAAGCUUAAGAUUCUUCCUUAAGAGGAAAGUUGAACAUUCCAGUGUACGAAUCUCUUAUCAUGUCAACCCGGCUUUGGCGAGAACUUUGUUUGUCUUUUGAUAUCAGCUGUGUCGCUUUUAAGACUUGGUAGGACUGUUCUCACAGAGCAAUAGCAGAUUCUUCUCCACACCCAAAAAUCAGCAACGUACAACUCUGCUGGUUUUUAAUGCAAGUUCUGACACUGUGUGUGUGAAUGUACAGUUUGUUGAAAGGCUGUAUCAUUAAUUUGUCUUUCCAAAGAUAUACUGACGAUAAAUUUAGAGCCAAAAAAAGCGCUUGUUCUUCUCGACGUUUGCUUGCAUUGCACUAGAAAACCUGUCUGGUAGAGAUUUCCUACUCUGCUCAGACGCUUCAUGGAGGGGAAAAAAAUGUUUAGUAAGUACACUGAAAAUUCUGAACACUUUAUAAAAAUAGUGAUUCUUAAUGCAUUGGUUCAUUUUUGAUUUGUUGUUUGAAUUUUUGUUAAUUUAUUGUGUUUUGCUACAGCUGUAAACUUUCCUGUGACUUAGAAACAUGCAUCCUGUUCAACCCUCCUCCUCUUCCCCAUCCUUUCCCUGUCAGAAACAACCCUUGUAAAUAGGAAUUUACCUCCCCAUCAGGUGUUUAGUUGUGUGAAUUGAAUUGUGCUGUACUUGUGUAAUGCCAGAUUUGCUAAAAGAAGGAAUAAAUGACCAAAUUUGGAAAGCUGAA